AUGAUGCCAUCUCCCAAGGGGGAGGUCGUGAGCUUCAAUUUCUGGUAUCCGCCACCCACCUGGUUCCACGGAGAUUUGGCCAAAGGGCAAAUCACUUGGGACAGGCCGCUCUUCGGCGUUCGCCGAGUGCUUUACCAAAGAUGUGUGGAGGAGCUGGUGGCACAUGCCGUCGGUCCCUCCAAGGUGUCUGCAGUUCUCAAGCUGGCGCUUGAAAAGAGCCCACGUGUCCCCGAUGAACUUGUUCAGGGCUUGGAGCAACUGGACACCUUCCUGGGCCCAGUGAUGGAAGGUCCGGAGCGACAGCAGCUGCUGUUGGAUAUCCUUGAGGGCCGCUUCCUUGGGCUGAAGACAUGA